AGUCGAAGUCGAACGAAAGUACACAACGAACGUUAUUUUAUUCUGAAGAAACAACAGCUUUUUUGUGCAGUUAUAAGAACAAGUUAUUAUCAGGAUAAACUAUAUAGAUUAAAUACGAAUUAAGCAUGAGUAACAUGCUCAAAAUCGGUUUUCUCGGCGGUGGAAAAAUGGCACAAGCGAUGGCCAAAGGAUUCAUUUCGGCGGGUUUAACAAAAUGUGAAAACAUGACCGCAAGUUUCCAUCCAUCCGAUUUGCCAAACAUUGAGGCUUUCAAAUCGUUUGGGGCUCAGACUUUUACAGAAAACGUUCCUGUUGUGAAGCGCUCAGACGUGAUAUUUGUAUCGGUGAAACCAACAGUAGUUCCAACUGUAUUGGAAAAUGUGCGAUCUGUAAGUGAUGGAAAACUCUUCAUUUCUAUCGCUAUGGGAGUAACUUUGGCAGAUUUGGAGCAGUCGCUUUCGUCAAAUGCUCGUGUAAUUAGAGUGAUGCCAAACACCCCUGCACUGGUUCGCAGUGGAGCUUCCGUAUAUGUUCGAGGUAAGACAGCUACGCCAGAUGAUUGUUCUGUAACGCAAAAGCUUUUCGAGGCUAUCGGUACUUGUGAAGAAGUUGCGGAAAGUAUGAUGGAUCCCGUGACAGCACUUUCCGGUAGCGGACCGGCAUACAUUUUUGUGCUGAUAGAAUCAUUAGCCGAUGGAGGCGUAAGAAUGGGUCUACCAAGGGAUUUGGCUUAUCGCUUAGCAGCGCAGACUGUUCUUGGCGCUGGUCAACUGGUUCGUGAUACUGGUCGUCAUCCUGGACAAUUGAAAGAUGAUGUAACGAGCCCAGCCGGAUCAACUGCUGCAGGAUUGGCGUUUCUGGAGCAAAAUGCAUUCCGACAUGCCGUUGCUGGAGCAGUAGAAGCAGCGACACUUCGAUGUCGCGAGGUUUCGGGCAAUAAAUAAAAUCUAUAGCAUUCUUUCCCUUCGUCAAUGUCAACUCAUUCUCAAAAGCAUGCGAUGUUUGGGAAUCUUUUGUAGAUAGUUAUAGACUUAUAAAUAAUAUUGAACAUUACUAUAAACAAUAAAAACGCCACCAUUGACUGUGAGAAUCACUACAGAAGAAAAAUGGAUCGUUCAGUAGGAUUUAAGACUUCCUGACGAGAUGUUGAUGUCAUCGUUCUGUCGAAGCCUUGUGAGGCGUGAACAUUUAAAACGAAUGCAUACCUUGACAUGAGUGGUAAGCUAGGUUCUAUGUUCUUACCAAUAAUCUACGCGAAAGGCUGACAGUAAGUUCAUAAUAUGAAUACGUAUUAUGCUUCCUUUCACAUUCUCCCCUUCUCCUUAAGAAAGCGAAGGAAUUAUAAGUUUUCAUCGUCACAUUCUUUCUCAGCACUGUAUGUUUCCCCCUUUGGUCGUGAGCCAGUUUCUUGCUUAUUAAGACGCUAAUAGUGCAUCACUGACAUUUGUUAACUAUGUGACUG